AUGUACUUUUUACGUUUUUUAUUUUUAUUUUUCCUUUAUUAAUCACCUAGGUUUCAGCUUCAACAACAUUUCUUUAUUGCUUUCUGUCUGUCUCUCUCUCUCUUUCUCUCUUUCUCUCUCUCUCUCUCUGUCUCUGUCUCUCUCUCUCUCUCUCUCUCUCUCUCUCUCUCUCUUUCACAAAAUGGAAGAUCAAAGCCAAGAACCUAAUAGUCCAAGCAAUGGUUCGGAGCGAAACGAACCAGUAAGGUCAAGAUGGACUCCAAAACCCGAACAAAUCCUUAUUCUGGAGUCCAUCUUUAACAGUGGAAUGGUAAAUCCUCCCAAAGAUGAGACCGUACGAAUAAGAAAGUUGCUUGAGAAAUUUGGUUCUGUUGGUGAUGCAAAUGUCUUCUACUGGUUCCAAAACCGGCGUUCGAGAUCUCGCCGCCGACAGCGCCAGAUGCAGGCCAGCCAGCUCGAGCAAAGAAAUCAGCCACAAGCUGCUGGUGGCGGUGGCGGUGGCGGUGGUAGUGGUGCAAUUCAGUAUGAAAGCAGUUCAGCGACGACGACAAAUCCGUUGGCUUUGGGAUAUGGAGUUUCAUCCUCUUUUGCUUCUUCUUGUCCUUCUUCUUAUCUUGUGGGUUCUUCUUCUUCAUCUUCAUGUGGACUUACGGGAGAUGAUCAUCAUGGUGUGGAUAGCUUCUUUCCUAUCUCCGCUAGUCAAAUACCUUUUCCGGAAUUCGAGCAAAGCUCGUCUGUAACGCCUGUUUUAUGCCCUGAAGAUACCUCAAAUAUGCACUUUCAAUCUGGAUUCAUCACGGUGUUUAUCAACGGGGUUCCAACAGAAGUUCAUAAAGGGCCAAUUGACUUGAAAACAAUGUUUGGCCAAGAUGUGGUUUUGGUCCAUUCCUCUGGAAUUCCAAUUCCGAUGAAUGAAUUUGGGAUUUUAAUGCAGAGCUUGCAGCCUGGUGAAAGCUAUUUCCUGGUAACAAUCUAUAAUGCUAUUAAUUAAAUAAUUAAAACCACUAUUAAUAUGUACUACUCCCUCUCUGCCUAGUGUUUAUGUAUCUAUUUUCUUUUGUGGCUUUGCGUUUGUAUGCACGCGUACCAUUGGUGGAGAGGUUCUUCUUAUUUCUUAUAAUUACUUAAUUACUUCGUAUUUUGUUUUAUAUUAAUAAUAAAACUUCGUUUUUGUUAAAGUAUUUAAGAAUGGAACUUUGUCUCAAGAACACUGCAUUAGCUUUGUCUUUCAUCUUCUUCUUGUUCUUGUUUUGUUUGUCUCUCCUACCCUUCCUCUAUAUAUAAUCUCCUAUAUCAAAAUAUCCUAAUCUUAAAAAGAAUAGAUAUAUUGUAAAUUAGGGUAAAUUAAUCAUUUAAUACAUUUAUUCUCCAUGUAUAAUCUUUUAUAUCCAAAUAUCUUAAUCUUAAAAAGUUUAGGAGUAUUGAAAAUCAAUUAGGAUAAAUUAAUCAUUUAAUACAUUUAUUCUGACUUAUUUGUAUUAUAUCGUCAAUAUUUUCUAAGUCAAGAUAUCUUGACAUUAUAAUUGUUGCAUAAAAUUGAGAAAGUAAUGAUAUAUUGAAAUAUAUUUUCAACAUAAAAUGGAUAAGUGUUCACAUGUCAAACAUUCAUUAAGAAUGCCAUAUCAAUUAAUAAUUAAUAAUUUAAUAUUAAAGUCCUAACUAAUUGGGCAUAUAACAACUUUUAACACUUGUUACAAUAUUGAAAGGUCAACAUAAGGAAGAAUUAUGUUAUCAACAAAUUAAAACUGUAUAUAUAUAUAUAUUUCAUUUUCUUGGGUAUGGUUUAAGGAUUAUAUACGAACUCUAUCUUUGUAUCUAUAUACAUAAAUUAAAGCUUUAAUAGCCAGUAGUUCAUGGAAUCAAGAAUGGAAAGCAGAGGACUAAGACACUA